GUAUUAAACAAAUGGAAACAUUUAUUCACUUCAGACAGAAAUUGCUUGUGUAAUUAUGAAUCUCUAAUACACCUGAGUGAAACUCAGACUUGGUUGUGUGAAGAUUCUCCAUCAUCCAAGACAUGGUUAUCCCAGAAGAGUUGGAUUGAGCUCAAUCCAGUGAAACUCAAAGAGAGACCUCUUGUCAGGGCGAGACAAGACAAUUGAUUUCUGCUCCACUGACAGUUAGUUAAGACAAGUGCAUUCACUGCACUUCACUAUUUUGUAAGGACAUUUCCUCAUACAAGAACAUACCUUGAUCUACUGAUUGAUUUCCACUUAAAAAAAAUUCUGUGUGGGAGGUUCAGUUCUUAUAUAUAUCUCACUGUGUAGAGAGAGUGACACAUUCACCAUGUCGCCCUCUCUGCUGCUGCUGCUGCUGCUGGUCUGCAGCUCCCAGGCUUCUCAUUUCUUGGGGACAGUGAUGACCUACUACCCAAAAAACACUUACUCUAAUGGAUCUGUUACGGUGGUGCUUCGCUACAAGCUGAACUUCCACACAUGCGAACAAUCUGACUCAUGGAGCUGCCUCAGUGGGAGCUGUGGGACGAGUGUUGUAGUGCUAAACAAAGUUGAUGAAGAAAGCAGUGGAGAGUGGUGUCAGAGGGAGGCAAUCAUGACUCGGCAGGUUUCCAGCAACGCUCCGUUUCAGCUCUGGCUGAACAGUGGAAACUGGAUAGAUAACAUCAAAAAUGGCAUUGUAUCAUGGAGAGCUGUGACUCUGGUUGAACUGAGGAACCGGUCUGACACUGGUAAAGCCAACACAUCGCCCCAAACUACCAUCCUGCCAGCUGUGAGAGUUCCUUCAAACUGUCAGAGAGAUUUCAACCUGUUGGCGUUUGACCCUGACGGAGACGAGGUUAAAUGCAGAUAUGGAAUCACAUCACUCUCAGAGUGUAACCCCUGCACACCACUGUCUGUUCUCAACCUCUCAUCAUCUUGUACUCUGUCAUUCAGCCCCACCAGUAACAGUAAUGAAGGUCCAUACGCAGUCCAGCUGGUGAUGGAGGACUUUCCCAGAGAGACUAUCACCCUGACUCAGACCAACGGAACACAGACGAUGAAAACUGUCAACGAUGCUAUCAGCAAAAUACCUGUCCAGUUUGUGUUGAGAGUGGAUCCUGCAGUGCCAUCCUGCACAGAGGGACUCUACUUGCCCAGAUUCCUGCCUCCGACCCCAGCUAACAGAGCUCAGCUGUACACCCCUGUUGGUCAGACCCUGGAAAUCAGCAUCAGUGCACAGGCAAAUACCUCCACCAUCUCUGAGCUGCUGUUCAGUGGGCCACACAACAUAAAUCAGAUUACACAGUCAGCAGGACAGUACAUCCUCAGUUGGACGCCAACUGAAAAUGAAGACGGAGAAAGCUACCCCAUCUGCUUUAUCGUCCAGGCACUUAUCAAUUCAACAAAGUAUCACUCAGAGCUUCGAUGUGUCAUUGUGACUGUUGGACCUGACCCAACAACAAGCACUACACCAACCACAACGACCACACAAACUACAACCACCAUUCCCCCAACAACUACCCCACUAAACACAACAGCCAUCAACACAACAACCACACAAAAUACAACCACAAUUCCCCCAACAACUACCCCGCUACUCAUAACAACAACCACUACACCAAUUACAACAACCAUACAAACUACAGCUGCUUUUCCAACAACAGCUACCCCACUAAACACAACAGCCAUCAAUACAACAACCACACAAAAUACAACCACUCCUCCAUCCACAACACCUACACCCACUACAACAGCAAGUCCAUCACCAGUAAAUACAACUGAAGACACAACAGCUUUCCCAACACCUGUAAUCACCAGCUUGAAUCAGUUCAUAGUAGGUCUGAGAGUGAAACUCUCCUCUUCAUCUCCACUAUCUGAGGAAAACAUCAGGAGCACCAUCAUACAACAACUUAAAGAUGAACUGAGAAGACGAGGUCUGCCAGAAGACAUCACUCUACGCCUCGUGAGCAGUAUGCAGCUGGGAGUUGCAACUACAGUGACCCCUGGUGGUUAAUUAUAUAUUAUCAUAUAUAAAAUGCAGGGAAUAUUUGUUUUCUGACAUUUGUUUUCAGCCUGUUUUUCUCUUUUAACAUCUAUCAUUUACUCAAACACCACAACUGUUGAAGCCUGUGGUUCCAGUGUGUGAAAAGCACGUGACUUAUAAAUGUAAAAAUGUGCUUCUGAUGAAGAAUUUAAAAAAUAUCUCUCUGUCUAAUUAUUCUUGUAUAUCAUGAAGCUGUUUGUGUUAAACUCUCUGUCUCUGGUUCAAAGCAAGGGAAAUUAUUUGUCGGAGUGAUUAAAAUUCUAAACUUCAGCCCUCCAAAAAUAGUCUCU